AACCGGACUCCCUGAUCUCCAUAAAACGGAAGUAAGACGCGGCGCGCAUGCGCACAAGGGGCUGCCUUCCCUCUGUCGACAGUCAUGGCGCAUCGAGUCGAGCUCAAGACGGAUAAGACGCUUUCAAAACAGGGUGAAGAAAAGGUUGACUGGAAAAAGUGGAAAGCAGAACGAAGAGAGGAAAAGAAGAAGCGGAAAGAGGCUAAACUUAUUAAACAGCUGGAGCAUCAAAAGCAGCUCGAAGAACAUGAAAGACAACAGCUGAUAGAGGAGACAGGAAGAAAGAAGAGAGGACGGCCGUACACCGUGAGCAUUGCCUUGCCUGGUUCCGUCUUGGACAAUGCCCAGUCUCCAGAACUGCGGACCUACCUGGCAGGACAGAUAGCAAGGGCCUGCACAGUGUUUUGUAUCGAUGAAGUCGUCGUAUUUGAUGAAUGUGGGGAAGAUCCAAAGAGUGUUGAAGGAGAAUUUAAGGGUGUUGGAAAGAAAGGAAAUGCUUGUGUCCAGCUAGCCCGCAUUCUGCAGUACCUGGAGUGUCCUCAGUAUCUGCGCAAGUCUUUCUUCCCCAAGCAUCAAGAUCUGCAGUUUGCCGGGUUGCUGAAUCCUUUGGACAGUCCUCACCACAUGAGGAUGGAUGAGGAGGCGGAGUUUCGGGAGGGGGUGGUGCUCGACAGGCCGUGCAAACCAGGAAAAGGCUCUUUAGUCAACUGUGGCAUGAGGAAGGAAGUACAGAUUGACAAGCAACUACAGGCUGGUUUAAGAGUCACUGUAUGCUUAAGCAAGAAUCAGAGACCGGAUGGCAGAGUGUUCAAGGGGGUUGUGGUGGCACCCCAUGUACCUCGGAGUGAUGCUGGCUUCUACUGGGGCUACUCUGUGCGACUGGCCUCCUGUCUCAGUAACGUGUUUACAGAGUGUCCUCAUAAGAAUGGCUAUGAUCUGACAGUUGGCACGUCUGAGAGAGGCAGCAAUGUUGACCAUUUCAUGCUACCACCAUUCAAACACCUGCUUGUGGUAUUUGGAGGCGUGCAGGGCCUGGAGGCCAGUGUAGACGCCGACCAGAACUUGGAUAUUGCUGAUCCCAGUGUCCUAUUUCACCAUUACCUCAACACUUGCCCUAACCAAGGAAGCAGGACUAUUCGCACUGAGGAGGCCAUCUUGAUUUCUCUUUCAAUAUUAAGACCGAAGAUUUCUACAGUAUUCCCUGAUGUCAAGGUUCAGUGAUUCAAGGAAUUGCCCUCUGACAGAAAUCCUUAAGUGUAACUUGAACUGAAAAGCAGUUUACUGUGACCUGCACCUUAAGAAGAUCCUUAAAUAUUUAUUUGGAAAUAUUUCUGGUAUCCAGCCGAUCAAGUGACUUUUAUUGGGUCCAAGUUUUUCAGUGACAAAGGAAAUAAGGAGAUUUUUUAAUACUUUUUCUUAUGAAGUUAACCUGGUCGGAUCUGUAACGUUAUAAGUGAGAAUAACGUUUACUGUUUGGUUGCAUAAAAACCUUUUAGUGACAUAUCAACUUUGAA